AUGGUCCAAAUCUCUAAAAAACGUGUUCGUAGAAACACAAUUGUUUUAGAUAGUGGCUUAAAUUCGGUUAUAACUGCAUUACCGCCUGGUAAUACAGUAUCAACUACUAGCUCUCAAAAUGGUUUGAGUGCAGAUCUCACUCCUGUGAUACAGGUGAAAGAUGUUCUGUUAGAGAACUCUGAGUUCUGUAAACUAAACCUCCUUUUGAAAGAUAUGCAGAGGCAAGUAAGUGAAAUUCAGAAAAAAUUAGAUCAGUUUGAUAGUAUGUCACUGCCAAUCUCAAAUACCACGGAGAGCCGGUCUGAUAUUGGUCAGGUUAAGUGUUUACUGGAUGUAACUCAAAAUAAGCUUUUGAAUUUAGACCCAAUAGCCUGUCUUUUAGAAAGGCAUCCUAAAAUAUCUCCAGACAACCUAAAUAAAGCUGAAAAUCUGAUUGACUGCUUGGCUACGGAGGUGAUGAAGCGUAUAACCUCUUCUCACCAAGCUAUAGUUUACAACGUCCCAGAUUCUCUGCCCCUGAAAACUGUAAGACACAAAAUCCUGAUUUGUUGCGGCAUGGCUAGUGUUCCAUGUGAAUGCAAACGACUUCGUAAAAAGUCUAACCAGGCUAAUUGCCCAAUCAUUUUUAAAUUCAGUAAUUCCCUUGAUGCUAGUAAGUUUACUAAAUGUCAGGAUCACUUAAGACUGAAUAGCAGUUAUAAGUCUAUAACCGUAGCUCAGGAUAAAACACCGUGUCAGCGCAGAAUAAUGCGUAGUAAUAACCUGGUCACCUCCUCUAGCUUAGAUUUACCAAAUAAGGAUCGUGCACAGCAACAGACACCUAGUGCUGAAACUAGCAUUCAGCAAACUACACAACAACCACACCUGCCAAUGGAACUAGGAACUGAUUUAGAUACCAGUACCCCUGUAAAUAAAGCCUCAUCGAAAGAUGUUAAAAUGACUAGAACUUCUGCAAGUUGUUCUAAGAAAUUUCCCCCCAAACGUAGUAACCUCACCACGAUGAACAAAUUUCGCAGGGUUGAGACUAAUGAUGGGGAAGAAUACUUUGUAUUCAAUAAGCCUGCUGAGAGUAAGAAUGCCAACAAACCAUCACUUGUUACGAAAAACUCCUCUCGAAACAUAAGUAUAUCUGGAGGUGUUCCGCAUGCUCCACCUUAUAGAAAGUCAGGCUCCAAGACUCCUAAAGUCUUGCAGCCAAAGCACCUUCCUUCACAAUUCCCUUUAAGUUAUAAAAACAACCCGAAGGUGUAUACCGGUAUGACGAAUAGCAGUUGGAUGGGUAGACCUUCUGAUGCUAUGCCUUUUAACCGUCAACCUAGGCCCAACCUGUACUACCCUUAUAUCCAGGAACACAUGGUAAAUUUUCCAGGUGUCCCGAAUCACUGGUACGACCCAUGGCACCUAGGACCACCUCAUUGCACUCCAACCCGAUGUACAGACACCCAGUCCGACCUCCUUUUCAUUCAUAAAUUCUUGCGGUGCUGA